AUGUUUCAGUACUCAAUAUGCGCCUUUCUGGCGCCCGCCCUCGUCUCAGCGGCAGCGUUCCCAUGGGCGGGACCGGACCCUACGCUCGUUAUCCCUGAACCCGACAAUUGGACUCCUGCUCCGACCGAGGGCCCAAGGAUGGGAGCUAUGGAACUUGUGAGGAGAGCGGACGACAGCACAUGCGGUUACAUCUCUGGGGUGGAGACCGAUUCAUUGACCUGCAACGACCCGGGAUACAUCUGCGCGACAAACACCUUCUAUGGCGUCCACGGCUGCUGCGACCCAGCCGCAAUCUCAACAUGCUCCCUCUACACGUCCUGCGUCAACUCGGCCAACAUGGCCAGCUGUACCGGCGCCUGCCUGUCCGACGACAUGAUAGCGAAAUGCACCAAAUCCUCCGCCGCCUUCUGCUACGAAUGGCGCUACGUCUACGCCUCGACCGUCAUGACCGAGCACGGCUGCGCCUCGACGUCCUGGACCAUCUCCGCCUGGCGCACCCACUCCAACCAAGCCAGCCGCGACAUCUCCGACGCCCCCAAUGCCGUCACCGACCCGACCGGCGACUCCUCCUCCGUCCAGCGUCUCACAGGCCUUCCCACCAUUUCUCGUUCCUCCCCAACCACAUCCUCCGCUCCUACCUCCUCCUCCUCAACCACAUCAACCUCGACCUCCACCCCCUCAGACACAGGAUCCAAAACAAACGUCGGCGCCAUCGCCGGCGGCGUCGUCGGCGGCGUCGUCGUCCUCGCCGCCCUCGCCUUCGGCCUCGUCUUCCUCGUCAUGCGCAACCGGAAGAAAUCCGCCGCCUCUACCUCCACACCUGCCGCAGGCACUCCCGGCGCCCCAGGGUUCGCGGGCCCCGCCCCAGGCGUCGCAGAGUAUAAACCGCAACCUGGCGGUCCCGCUGGUCCAUCUCCCUACGGCUCGCCGCUGCCAGGGUAUGCGGCGGCUCCUGUUCCUCCGUCGGGAGGCUACUACGGUCCUGCGUCCGAGGAGGGAAAGUGGGCGCAUAUGGGGAAUGCAGGCGCGGGCGCACCGCCGCCGCCGGGGAGUCCGGCGCCGCCCGAGGGGAUUGUCGAGGCGGGUGGGAAUGCGGUGCAGAUGCCUCAGGGUGGGUAUGUGCCUCCGCCGGGGUCGCCGGGACCGCAGCAGGUGGGGAUGCAGAGGCCGCCGCAGGGCAAUGUGUAUGAGGCGCCUUGA